AUGUCUCACUGGUUCCAUCGAAACCCAAUAAAACCGACGGAAUUCGUCAAAUUCGAGUUGAAAGGAGUCCUCACCACGGAUACUUGCUCAAAAAUUUGCGGAGAACUGCGGCUGCGACGCGACAAACUUGUUGGACAAUUCAAGAAUGCGUCGAAUGAUUUGGAUGAAGUGACAAAAGAAUUCAACGAAUACCUCCGUCUUUUCGCUGGAUUUUUAACUGAAAUUCAAUCUUCUAUGGCGGAUUUAGAAAACAAAGACGCUGGCAACAAAAACAGUAAACUAAUUCCACUUAUUCGCUUCAAGUGGGGCAAUUCGAUGCUUCCACAAACUGCCACAGAAGUCUCAGACACUUGGUUCGAAGCUCUCAGCAUGAUUCAAUGUAUGGCUAUGUGGAUGACAAAACACGCUGCUUCGAUGGCUGGAAAAGAUGAAGUGAGGGAAUCAGAUGCCAAGGAAUGUCUCCAAUGCUUGAGACAAGCUGGUGGAAUGUUCCAGUAUGUGAAAGAAGAAUCAGCAAGACUCUCCGGUGCCAAUGAAGUUGAAGGAUCAGAUUUCGACCCGAAAGUUAUGGAAACUUAUGUAUUAACAGCAACAGCCGAAGCACAAGAAGUGAUAGUAGCGAGAGCAAUUGAGAUGAAACAUGAUGAUGGAUUAAUAUCUUCACUUGCUGCAGUAACUGCUUCAAUAUUCUCAAAAGCCGAUCAAUGUCUGAAUAAUCUUCCGGAUGAAUCAUUUGCCAGAUGGAGAAGAUAUCUUCAGUUGAAACAUCACUUCUAUUUGGCUUAUGCAUAUGCAUUCCUCGGUCAAAAACAGUUGUCCGAAGACAAAUGUGGAGAAGCGGUCCGAGCUUGUAAGCAAGGAAUCGCUGAAUAUGGAAUUGCUAAGGAGAUGGCAGCAAUGUAUGCAACAGCUACUGGACCAGGAACUCGAAUCAAACCAGAACAGCAUUUGUUCUUCCGAAGAAUCGAACCACUUCUUAAUCGACAUCUGGAAAAAGCUGAGAGAGAAAAUGGAUUCAUUUAUCAUCAAAAAGUUCCGGAUGAAAUCCCAGAAUUAGAUGUUGAAGCAACAUAUGGGCUAGCAAAGUUGGAUUCUUUCAAAUAUCCACCACCUGCUGAAUUAUGGAAUACUGCCGUAUAUUCAGCAUUCGAUCUAUCGAAAGCAAAUAUGCCAGAUUUCACAAAAGUGAAAAAGAGUAAGUCAAAACUGGAACCAGUGCACGAGGAGAAGAUCUACCAGACAGAAAAGGAUCCGAGUAAUUCCAGUGGAUGUGUGAUCGCCUAA